AUGACUGGAUGUAGACAGGCUGCCCAAGACAGCUUGACCUGGGGCCCACCCCUGGGAUCAACACCACCAGUUUCCAAGGAGGCUCCAAUCAGGCCCCCAGUGAGCCAGCAGGCACCGUGGCCACAGAGGCCCUUUGCGGAGGGCAGUCGGCCCACAUCCCAGGCCAAGCCUCCACCUCCCAGUGUCUAUCAGAACUUUCGGCGCUGGCAGCAAUUGAAGGCCUUGAUCCGGAAUAAACUUCCACAGACUCCUGAUGGGGAAGCACUUGCCUGCUUCUUCAUCCCGGUGCUUCGGUCCCUGGCCCGGCUCAAGCCCACCAUGUCCCUGGACGAGGGCCUGUGGAGAGGCCUUCAGGAGUGGGAAGGCAUUAGCAAUUACGAGCGCAUGAACUUUCACGAGAUGGCGGCCAAGUUCAUGGAAUUUGAGGCUAUGGAGGUGAUAGAGAAUUCAAAGUUGCAGGGCAUUAUGCAUUUCCAAGGCCCGCCUCCUGCCAUCCCACUGAAGCCAGAUUCUCCAAGGCCCUCAUCCCCGGACAUUCUCCAGCAGCCAGAGGGCAACUCCAGCAAGACUGGCCUCAAGGCUAAGCCUGCCAAGCCAUCAGCACCCACAGGUCAGAGGCCACCAGAGACCAAGGCACCCGAGGAGAUCCCAGCUGAAGCCAUGGAGGAGUACAUGGCCAUCAUGGACUGGCUGGAGGGCCUUCCUCAAUUGUGCACCCAGGACUCUGGGGGAACAUCCAAAGAGGCGGGAAUGGAACAACAGGAUGUGGAAGACAUGUGCUCAGAUCCAGAGCUCCUGAGCCUCCUUGACCAGCUGUGCUGCCAGGAGGAUUUCAUCUCAAAUGUGGAGGCCAUCAUUCAUCCCAAAUUCCUGGAAGAAUUGCUUUCCUCCAAACCAGAGCUGGAUCUUGAGGCCCUAAUUGGGGAGCUGGAACAGGAAGAAGGACUCACCCCCAAGCAGAUAGUGGAGAAACGUCUUGGGGCACCCAGAGUAGCCUCAAGUGUUUCUGAGUUGGCCAUCUGCCAAGGUGCAGACAGAAAUGAGCAGAGCCCACAACAAGCAGUCAGUGCAAAUACCAGCACUCUGCACAUCGUUUGCAGAGAUGAUCAGAGCCAUGGUGGCACAGAUGCAGAGCACCUGACACCUGCUUCUGCUGCUUCUGCUGCUGCUCUCAAGGGGGGUCACGGGUGUCCUUCAGUAGGAACCACCCUGUCCACUGCUUGUCCCCGAGGACAUGGAUCCCAUCCCCAGAGAGUGGGGUCUGGAGAUGCCGUGAAUCACAUGGAAGAGUCUCCUGCUGGCACUCCACGCAAGCGAGCAGGGGACAGGAAGGUGGACAAGGAAAGUGUCCCGAGCCUGGCUUCCUUGCUGGGCUCUGAGUACUGUCUCCUGCCCUGGGGACUAUCUCAGAGCCCCAGGUCCCCCACCACCCUCCUGUCCUCUGGACACCAAGACCCCGGGCCUUCACUGUGCAAGAGAAGGGGCCGCAGCCUGGAUCCCCCUCCACCUGCCAAGUCCAAGAAAAAGGCUCGCAUUGGAGACUCAUGCACCCCAGCAAAGAAUCCCUGCCCUGGGUCUCACUUUGAGGGGUCUGCAAAGCAGGACUUGCCUUUGGGGCUGAUUCAUCCUGCAAAGCCUCAGAAGAGAAAGCGUGAGGCAUCGGAACUUCAGAAGAAGAAGAGAAAGAAGAAAAAUCCCUGA